AUGGCUAAUUCAUCAGCAAUCAACAAACAAGUAACACUAGUAGUUUUCAUGGCCAUGUUGAUCAUGAGUUUCUCCUCUGGAGGGCAAGCACAAAUCCCUUGUAGUACAGUGUCCAAUGAUCUCUAUCCAUGCCUGAGCUAUAUUAUGAAUGGGGGAACAGUUGAUCCUGCUUGCUGCGGUGGUAUUAAGGCUCUCAUCAACUCAGCUAAGACCAAAACUGAUCGUCAAAGUGUCUGUUCUUGUCUGAAGUCUUUUUUGUCAAAUGCAACUGAUGGUCAAAUCAAGAAUGCUGCUGCUAUUCCUGGACUAUGUGGUGUUAAACUUCCGGUCAACAUUACUCGUAAUAUGGACUGCUCAAAGGUGAACUCAAUUUAUUACUGAGCACUUGAUGGCUACACGUUGGUGGGGAUGUCUCGCAUUAAUGUUUUAACUUGACUGGUUCUAUGGAUUGUAAUAUUUUCCAAGUGAUUUCCGUUUCUGUUACUUAUGGACAAUUACAUAUGAAGGAAUGUGUUAUUCCGUGCCUUAUAUAUGUUCCCUAGAACAUAAAUUUGUGAAGCAAUGUCCGA